AUGAUAUAAUAGAUUAAAAAGUAUUAUAAUCUGGAAGAAGUAAUUAUUAAUUUUUUUAUUAAUAUCCUUUAAAUUUAUAUAAAUUAAAAAAAAAAGUUUAAAAGCUCUUCACUUUUAUCUCAUUAGGUUCUCCAUAUUGAUCUUUAGUAUAUUUAAUUAAAAAAUAUUAUUUUUAUUAUUAUUAAUAUUUUUGUAUAUUUAAUUUUCAAUUUAUUUAAAUAAAUAAAUAAUUUUUAUAAAAGAAAUUAUCAUCAUUACUUAUUGAUUUUUGUUAAAACUAAAAUUUUUUAGCUAUUUUAACUUAAUUUUCAUUUUAAUUUUUAAUUAUUUAUUAUUCAUUUUUUAUUAUUUGAUAUUUUUUCUUCAUUUUAUGCUAUUAAAACUUACACUUAAUAUAAGCUAUUUAUUUUUUUACAUUGUAAAAUUUUUAAUUAUAAAAGUUAAUUUAAAACAUUAUAGUUCUUUUAAUUUAUUCGAUUUGUUUUCUUUAUUCUUUUUAUUAUGAUUUCUUAUUUUUUCAUUCUUUGUUAAUUUUAUUAAUUUUUAAUUAAUCUCAUCAUAUUUUUUCUUCAUUUAUUCCUCCAAAUUAACAAGAGUGAAAUACCUAUUUAAUUUAUAUCUUAAUAAAAUUAUUAAUAAAGAUAAUUUUUAGAAAGCAUAAAAUAUCUUUUUUUUUGA